AUGGCCUUCACACUGUCAGAAAUCAUGGCGGCAAGGCGGCAGCAGUCCCAGGCCCAGUCACACACUCAGCGAGGCAGCAGGGCGGCUGUGGAGGUAGACGAGUACAGCACCAACCCCACACAGGCCUUCACCUUCUACAACAUCAACCAGGGCCGCUUCCAGCCACCGCAUGUCCACAUGGUGGACCCGAUGCCCCACGACACUCCCAAACCUCCAGGCUACACACGCUUCGUGUGUAUUUCAGACACUCAUUCACGCACAGACGCCAUCCAGAUGCCGUACGGAGACGUGUUCAUUCAUGCUGGAGAUUUCACCGAGCUUGGGCUGCCCUCUGAGGUCAAAAAGUUCAAUGACUGGCUAGGUACUCUGCCCUACGACAUCAAAAUAGUGAUUGCUGGGAACCAUGAGUUGACCUUUGACCAGGAGUUCAUGGCAGACCUCAUUAAACAGGACUUCUACUACUUCCCUUCAGCCUCCAAGCUGAAGCCUGAGAAUUAUGAGAAUGUCCAGUCGCUGCUCACCAACUGCAUCUACCUGCAGGACUCUGAGGUCACUGUGCGAGGCUUCAGGAUCUAUGGUUCUCCAUGGCAACCAUGGUACUAUGGCUGGGGCUUCAACUUGCCGCGGGGUCAGGCUCUUCUCGACAAAUGGAACCAGAUUCCAGACAACACAGACAUCCUGGUCACGCAUUGCCCCCCACUGGGUUUCCUGGACUGGGUUCCUAAAAAGAUGCAGCGUGUUGGAUGCAUGGAACUGCUCAACACAGUUCAGAGGAGAGUCCAGCCCAAAUUUCAUGUGUUUGGACACAUCCAUGAAGGUUAUGGCAUGAUGACAGACGGCACCACAACUUUCAUCAAUGCCUCAGCUUGCACGGUGAACUUCCUGCCCAUGAACCCACCUAUCGUCUUCGACCUUCCCAACCCCAGGACCACAUGACUGCAGAUGGCUGGAGCCCAGACCCCAGCCGUCCGCCAGGAGAAAGGAGCCCAAAGAGGAAGUUGAGUAUGAAGGGCUGGACAGAUGGCGGUGUGUAAAUAUAAUCCUGGUGUGUGUUUCACAGAGUGCCAUAGUGGCAGACUGAUGCUUCCUCAGGCUUUCACCAUUAUUCCAUGUGCCAUAACUACUUCUUCAUGUUAACACUGGGCUUGAAAAGCAGAUGCAUGGACUCAUGGAGAGAAACAUUAAUAUGCAGACAAUUUGUAACAUUUCUGUGUCCUUGCUGCACUGACAAUCUGAUGCUGCUGUCGGAGACAAAAGAGACUUCAUUGUCAGUUCAUUAAAAUUAACAGUGAAACAGUCCAACUCCUCAUGUACACUAGAGCCUUGGCUGAGCAGCGACGGAACGUUUGCCAAGAGGAUUUCACACCACUCUUCCUACUUUUCAACUUUAAUUUCCCAUGUCUUUCCCAGUCCCCUGCACACACACAGACCGUCCCGUCUCCCCUUUUAUGCCUCCGCUUCCUCUCGUCUCCUUAGGGCCAAAGCAUGCUGGAAUGUGUUUUCUGUGUUUUUCUUUUUUCCCAUUGGCAUGUUUGCACAUGCAAGACAUCAAAGGAAGUGUACAAGGGCAGCGAGAGGUCUCUGCCUCAGGCUGACAGUAUGUUGGGGUGUCAGAUGUGUCGACACUACUCUCUGGGGCUCAUUACAGCCUCAGGUGAUUCUCUUAACCAGCUGAAAGGCAGAAACAGGGUGUAUGUCCCCCCUCUGUACCACUGCUCCUCCAUCCUCUUCACCCCUCCCGCUGUGACUAGCUCAGAAUGUAGCUGGUGCUGUCUGAGAGCUGAAAGGGACCACCAUUAAACCUGAAGGUGCUACACGCUAACACUGCUGUCCGUUCAAGACAAGCAACGCUGGAACACCUGAAGCAGCAGCUGGUGUUUCAGACUCCUCAGUUACUGUGUUUGUAGGAGGACUGGACAACCUGGUUCUUUCAGUCAAGACAGGAGAGCUGUAACAACAUACUGUAACUGAUAUUUGUAAAGUUCCUCCCUCGGAAUAAAGAAGAGCUUGAAGCUCUUAAAUGCUGUUGCUAUGCUAUGCUUUUUCAUUGAAAAAAAAGUUAAUAAUUGUGGUUGUUACAUUUCAUUUGGUCUAUUUCUUAGUAAUGUAAAUGCUUGCUGUGGUAUUUAUUCUUUUUGUUUAGCUGUAUGUAUUGAUGAACUCUUUAAUGUCUUUUGUAUUUAAAAACAAAAAAAAGUAGAUAAAAAUUUGUAAAAUUGUUUGGAUUUUUUCAAGGUUCUAUCUUGUAGAUUUGGUCGUCUAAAUAUGCUGAGCAUAACGAGACCAGGUCACUCUACGAUCUGUCUGCACUCCAACGAUGCGUGUGAACAUUCCUCAGUUUAUUCCUCUUCAUCCUCUCCUGCUUCUUCUUAAGUCUAAGUCUAUUGCACUACUAUGACAUCUUAAGGAUUUUUUGAAGUUAUGAAUAAUGAGUGUACACCAGCAGCAUAUAACUGCUUUACUCUACUGUGCUAUAACAAAGUGUCAUCGUGCUUUCAAUUUUAAGGGCCCUUUAAAUCAGAAUUAAUACUUCAGAAAUCAGAAGUCUAAGAUUGGUCUCCGCUCACAUCUAAUUCACUCUCUACAACCUAUGGAAAGUUGUAGUUACAGUUUAUUUCUAAAUUCUAUAGGAUCAUCUCAUAUCAGACUUAAAAAUAGAAAUGCACAAAGUCUUUGUGGUAUCUCAUCUCACAAGGGUGAUUUAUUUAUAUAACAACAUUCAUACACAAGAAAAUCUAAGAUCUUGUUUAGGACAUCAAAGUAAAGACAAAAAGAAAAUAAAUCAUAAAAGCAAUGGAUUGAAGAAGAUGUUAAAAUAUAGAUAUUUAAGGCCAAAAGGAACUAAAUAUUUCAAACAGUUCAUUAGUCUGAUAUUUUGAAAAGUUGCUUUAAAUCAUAAUAUUUUCAGUCUUGAUUUAAAGGAACCAACAGUUUCCACACACCAUAAGUUGUCACUGAGUAUGUUCCAGAGCUGAGGAGCAUAGGACCUCCAUGCUGCCUCACCUUGUUUAGUUCUGUUCCUGAGAACCAUCUCUGGUUUCUACAAACCUGGAAUAGGAACAUCACUUCUGGUCUCUACAGUUCAUACUUGACAAGCAACCAAUGAAGUUGCUGCCACCUGUAAUCCUUUGUGCUCAUGACCAAAGCCAAGACAAUAUUAAGAAAAAUCAUUCAAGACUGAUUUUUACCAGGUGAUUAAACUAGUCAAAGUCUUGAAACCAAUGGAGAAAUCAUGGAAGAGUGGACCUUCAAAUGUCUCUCCAACCACAGUGACUCCAAGAGCUAAUCAUGUCAAAGACACUAAAUAAAAAGCGACAAAAUAAUAAAUCUGCAGGGUGGCAAAAAUGUUUCCAGGCCACAGCAGCUACAAAUUGGGAGGGCACUCAUGCUGACCUCUACCCCAGACUGCUUACAAUAUAUUCAAUACAUAACUGAUCAGUGUUAAACAGAACUGUUACCAUGUUGAGGUGCAUGUAUAUUUCAGUUAGCUGGAUAGCUGAGAAACAAAAAAAAGCUCAUCAUGCAUCAACAGCUUCCUAAAUGUUCCAAUCAUCAGAAUAUUAAAGGGUCUUGGUUAGCAGUGUAUUAAACAUAGUGACAAUUGAAAUGUCCAAAUUACUUUAAUAAUCAGUUUAAGAAAAAUGUCUUAAUGAAAGUAUUUGGAAACUGUUGAUGUGAAUGUAAGGAAAACCAAGACAUGGAAUGAUGUUUUUAUGCAAGGCUGUUUGUCUGGUCCACCUGCAGGUUCCUGUGCAUAUUUACCGUCUGUCUCCUCCUAAAUCUGUUCUGCUUCAGUAGCUGUAUUAAUGUGCUUCCUGAUCUAUCCACAAAGAGACAGACUGGUUAUUGGUUUCUUCAGACAUUUUCCAUUCAGGAGAAAAACAACUUCUCCUCUUCAGACAAUCUUUGUGUCAAUGUUUUUUUCUUUUUAAAAAAAAGGGAUUUUUUUCCCCUAGUGAAAUAAAGGAAAGCCUCCACAGGCAGACUGGGGUACUGCAGCAGUGGUGUCAUUUAAAAGGGAAUCAUUUUUGUCCUGUGACAGUUUUACUUCCUGGACCUUUUAUAUUUCAAUAUUACUGGAUUCUUAUGCCCAUUUUUAAUGAAUGAAUGUAUAGCAUUUUAAAGAUGACAAGAAGUUUUGAUUUGCUGUUAUAUGUUUUUUCCAUCAUUGUUGGAACACUUUGUGUGCUUGGAUAAAUUCUGAUCCAUCAGCAUCUGGACACGUCUGUAAUGUGAAGUACCUUAUGUUUCUUAAAACAACAGAUGAGACUCUGUUGGUUCUGAGACACUAUUCAACAAUCAAAUAAAAACCUUAUCUGUGAUCAGCGGA